GUGGGAUAAUAACCUACUCUAAAGCAAGAUAGCCAAAGCUAGAAAUCCUCUUGUUAAGACAUCUUAUGAUAUACAAAUCUUUGUUUCUACUUUCUUCAUUCAUUCUGCAGGUAGCGAAAGGAUUUGGUAGUUAAAUAAGUGGCUGGUCAACGAAAAAUCAAAAGCAUAAUGCUUUCAAGAACCAAGGUAUGUCUUCUUUUAUCUGUUAUUAAAAUUUCUGAUACCGCUUUGUAUAUGUGCUUUGAUAGGACUACAUGUUUUAUGUGCCCUGAUAAUCUUCGGAAAUUGAAAAAGUCAAACCAAAAAAAAUGAUUUGCAGAUCGGCUAAUGAAGAACAGUUCAAUUAAAAGUCUAAUAGAUAGUCUUAAAAUAAAGAAAGGUUUGAUAGUCAAUAGUCAUUUCGUGUCUCAGAUGGAUUACCAAUGUAAUAUAUAAUAUAUGAUACUAUAUAGUUUUGAGAAAGAGACUAGAUGGGAGGCAUGUAUCAUGACUUUCUCUAUUUCUUUUUGUUCUCUCUCAGUUUUCCAAUAUUGCGUAUAACUUUUGGUUUUGAGGUUUUAUAUAUAAAGAGUUUGCCAGAAUGGUAUGGUGACACCCAAAUUACAUCUCGAUCUCUCUCUUACAAAAAAGAUGAAAGACCAUAUUCAUGAGCAUGACCACAUGGUUCAGAUUUGUGGGGAAGUUUCAUCAGGAGAAACAAGCUUGGUGGGCAUCAAGAAGACAUGUGGAGAAGCGCCUUGCGGAUUCUCAGAUGCCAAGACCAGUUCAAUAGAAGCUCAAGAGCGUGCAGCAUCAAUGAGAAAGCUAUUAAUAGCUGUUCUUCUCUGUGCCAUUUUCAUAGUUGUAGAAGUCGUUGGAGGAAUCAAGGCCAACAGUCUUGCGAUUCUCACAGAUGCAGCUCAUCUGUUAUCUGAUGUUGCAGCCUUUGCAAUAUCUUUGUUCUCGCUCUGGGCUUCGGGAUGGAAGGCAAACCCUCAGCAAUCUUAUGGGUUUUUCAGAAUAGAGAUUCUUGGUGCUCUUGUCUCCAUUCAAAUGAUUUGGCUUCUUGCUGGUAUCUUGGUUUAUGAAGCCAUUGUUAGACUUAACAACGGUAGUGGUGAAGUGGAGGGAUCUCUUAUGUUUGCUGUCUCUGCAGUUGGCUUACUUGUGAACAUUGCAAUGGCUAUUCUGUUAGGUCAUGACCAUGGUCAUGGUCAUGGUCAUAGUCAUGACAAUGGUCACGGUCAUAGUCAUGAUCAUGGCCAUGGAAUAGCCGCAACCGAGCAUCAUCAUGACUCUGGUCAUGAUGAAUCACAACUAUCUGAUGUCUUAAUCGAGCAAAAGAAGCAGCGUAAUGUAAAUAUUCAAGGGGCUUAUCUUCACGUGCUGGGAGAUUCGAUACAGAGCGUAGGAGUGAUGAUAGGAGGAGCAAUCAUAUGGUAUAAGCCGGAGUGGAAGAUCCUUGAUUUGAUAUGCACAUUGGUUUUCUCUGUGAUUGUGUUAGGGACAACAAUUGGGAUGCUUAGGAACAUUCUAGAGGUUUUAAUGGAGUCAACACCACGAGAGAUUGACCCGACAAUGCUUGAAAAGGGAGUGUGUGAAAUUGAAGAAGUGGUGGCUGUUCAUGAGCUUCACAUUUGGGCGAUUACUGUCGGCAAACUUUUGUUGGCAUGUCAUGUUAAAAUCAGACCUGAGGCAGAGGCAGAUAUGGUUUUGGACAAGAUUAUCGAUUACAUUAAGAGGGAACACAACAUUAGUCACGUGACUAUUCAGAUCGAACGUCAAUGAAGCAACGUGACAAGGCGUUUUUGCAUUAUCAUAUCUACUUUGUCUGACCAUUUUGUAAUGUUUGUCUUGUGUACAAAAGUGUUUUUUUUUCCCAACGUAUGUAUCAUAUUGUCUAUAAUUGUUUUUUGGUUUGAGGAUAAGCCCUGCGUUAACGAUCAAGGACAAAGUCCCUUUUCCCCUGUUUCUAGAUCUGUUUCGUGUUCUUCACGAAAUCUUUAUUUCUAUGUAUGUUAACAAAAGGGAACUGCUGAUGAAUUAGAAGAUGCUUGUGGGUAUCAUCUAUAGAAAAUGG